AUGGUGAUUGAAACCAAAAAAAUCCGUAAUUUUGCCAUCAUUGCCCACAUUGACCAUGGCAAGUCAACCCUGGCUGACCGCUUACUAGAAUUGACUAAUUUAAAAAACAGCCAAAAAUCAUUGGAAAGAAUUUUAGAUAGCCUAGCACUAGAACAAGAAAAAGGAAUAACCAUUAAACUGAACGCAGUCCAACUCCGUUAUCCCCCUGAAAGCCCGAACCCUUUCAUUUUUAACUUAAUUGAUACGCCCGGCCAUGUGGACUUUAUGUAUGAAGUCUCACGUUCUUUGGCCGCGUGCGAGGGAGUAAUUCUUUUAGUUGAUGCUAGCCAAGGCAUCCAAGCCCAAACCCUAGCCUACUACGAAAUUGCUAAACAACUCCAACUAAAAAUCCUCCCCGUUAUCAACAAAAUUGAUUUACCCACGGCUCGCCCAAAAGAGGUCCAAAUUCAGUUACAAGGACUUCUCGGUUGCCAAGAAAAAGAUACAGUAUUAAUUUCCGCCAAAACCGGACAAAACGUAAAUUUAUUGCUGAAAAAAAUAAUUACUGAUAUUCCUCCACCCCAACAAGAGCCAUAA